UUAUUUCACAAGAAUUAAAAAAUCGUAUACAAUGAUUAAAAAAUUUUCCUAAAAUUUUUAACAGAAUUUCAAGAUUGGACUUUUUUUUAAAUAAUAAUAUUUUAUUAAAUUUAUCGUAUUAUGUCAAAAUAAAUUCAUUUCCCUAUUAUAUUAAAGCGAUUUUAGACUUAGAAAUUUUAAUUCAGUCAAUGAAAAAAACUAAUAUAAAAAAGAUUUCUAAAUUUUUAGAAAAUGUUGAUUUUUGCUUUCAAUAACAUAGUAAUAAUAUAAUGUAUUUAUAAAAGAAGAUUAUUUGUAAAUAUACUUACAAAAAUAUUUCAAUUAUAUUGUUUUAAAUUAUUUUUAUACAAAUUCUAAUAUUUCAAAAAUUUCUAAAAUAUGAAUCAAAACUAAAAAAAAUUAUACUUUUUAUACCUACACAUUUUUUUUUAAUUUAAUAAUGGUAUCGCGAAAUGUUAUUAAAAAUGUUAUCACUCAGAAAAUAUAUUAAAAAUAACACGAAAAAUAAAAAUUUUUAAUCUUUGAGAGGAUUCUAACGGAAAAUUCUAGAUCAAAAUUUGAACACAGGACGAUGUUGUGAACACUAGAACGGGUCACUUUGAAAUGAUUGGUAAGCUUAAAAUGUAUAAGACUAAUUCAUUUUCGAACAAAGCUUCGUGUGUAAAUAAAAUCACGUGAUUAAAAUCUAGUAAAAACAAAAAUCGUAUUUACAAUUCUUAUACACUUAUACCAAGAGUGUAAGUAUCGGUAUGUGAAAGAAUUUCAAUCAUUAAUUGAAAUUAGCAAAUUGGAGAAAGAUCAAAAUGAAUUUUAGAAAAUUUCUACCGUAUGUUGAAAUAAUAGAGCAACCCACAAAAACUUUACGUUUUCGAUAUGAAUGUGAAGGCAGAUUAGCCGGUAAUAUACCAGGUGCAAGCAGUACAUUAGAAAAUAAAACGUGUCCUAGUAUAAGAGUAGUUGGAUAUAAAGGUCAGGCUAUAGCUGUAGCAUCGUGUGUAACAAAAGACAAACCAUACAGACCCCAUCCUCAUAAUCUGAUUGGAAGGGAAGGAUGUGAAAAAGGUGUUUGUACAAUCGAAAUUACAUCAGAAGACAUGACAGUGACAUUUGCAAAUCUUGGUAUCAUGUGCGUUAAAAGGAACGACAUCAAAAGAGAAUUAAAAAUAAGAGAGGAGAUUCGUGUAGAUCCUUUUCGAACUGGCUUUCAAUUCAAAAGGGAUCUUAAUUCCAUUGAUCUAAAUUCAGUGAGACUAUGCUUCCAAGUGUUUUUAGAAGGAACGCAGAAAGGGAAAUUCAACGUGCCAUUAACACCAAUUGUAUCCGAUCCUAUAUUCGAUAAAAAGAUAAUACCGGAUCUAAUGAUAUGCGAGCUCAGUCAUUAUAGCGCAUCGGUUGCUGGUGGCAUGCAUAUGAUUUUGUUGUGUGAAAAGGUUGUAAAAGAUGAUAUACAAGUGAGAUUCUUUGAGGAGAAGAAUGGGAAAGUAGUUUGGGAAGGAUUUGGUGAUUUUCACCCUGCUCAUGUGCACAAACAAACAGCAAUUCGCUUCAAAACAUCAAGUUAUCACACGCAGGAAAUUGAGGAGCCAGUCUCAGUACAAAUUCAACUGAAAAGGCCAUCAGAUGGUGCAUUGAGCGAACCAUUACCUUUUCUAAUGUUACCUCUCAGUCCAGAUAAUCCUAAUUCCUUAAAACGAAAGAAACGAAAGAUUAAUAAUAACGAUGUAAACACAGAAUUGAAACAGAAAGAAACGGAAACUGAGGAAAAAUCAUCGGAAGUGAUAGUUCCUCGAUUUGAAUGUUCAGAAAAUGAAGAAUUGUUUCCAUUGCGCGCCUUGGAAAUCAUUUCUGAGCAACCGCAAUUUAAUAAUGAAACUAUAAGGGAAGAAAUAUCGCCAAUAGAAAACAAUCCAACGCUUAUUCAGUCACCUCGACCAUCACCUCAAUAUCCAUUAACAAACGGUGACGCAGAACAAGUAUCAAUCGACUUGCGUCCAAAAGAACAAUUUUCAUAUAUUCAUGACAUGUUACAAAUACAACCUGAAGAACACUUAACGUUAACUAAAGUGACAUCAGAAUCACGUUACGAGGAAUUUCAUUUGUUGGAAAACGCUGGUGAAGUGGAAGAAACAAAUGGUAUAAAUACCAUAAAUAUGGAUAGCUUAGAAUGCGAUUUUGAUUCGAAUCUUUUAAAAAUUAAUUCAGAAGAACUUUAUAAUUUUAAUAUUGAAAAUCUAUCUGAAAAUCUAUCUAAUAUAUUAUCCAUUUCGGAUAUUUCUAAGCUAAACGAGAGUUUAAAUGAAGAGCAAGAGCAAAGAAAAGAUAGUAAAAAAAAGAAUAAUAAUGGGUAAUAAUUUUUCUAAAUGAAUUUUUAAUGAUAUUAUUGAAGAAUUUGUGUUUUAAAUAAUAUUUAUGAUAUAUUUUUUAUUCGUACAAUUGCAUAUAAAAAAAUAUAUCAUAAGUAUCAUUCAAGUAUCAAUUUAAAAGAAAAUUUCUUUCAAUAUAUAUUCUACAAAUUUCUUUGAAUAUAUCAUAUUAUUAAUAUUGGCUGUGAUGUAUAUUUUUAUGUAAAUUUUUAGAAUAUUUAUUUAAUUUUUUUAUUAUUUUUAUAUCAAAAUUAUAAAUUCAAUAUCAUAAAUUAAAAAUAUUUAUUAAUUAAAUAAAAAUAAAUAAUAUUAGUAAUUGUAAAAUAUUAUGACUAUGAACUAAAUCUCGAUGUAUAUAAUAUCGAUAUAAAAAAUCGUUUUAAUGCAAUAUAAUCUUAAUAUAGAUAUUUUACCAUGACAUCAACUGAUCUUGUGUAAUUGCAAAUUAAAAUGCGACAAGAUUUCUUUCUGCAUUUAAUUGUUUAUAAUUUUUUUUAUAUAUUUUUUUAUAUAUAUUUAACCUUUGUAUAUAAUAUAACUUUAUUGUAAUAAUUUUUUGAUAAAGAUCUAUUUUUUUAAUGUAGUUUCUAAUUUAAUUAAUCAAAUGUAUUAUAUUUUUUGAAGAUGAAAAACUUGUUGUGAUAAAAUAUAAAAGGCUUGAAAAUCCUAUCGAAUAAAAAAUUAUUUACGUUAAAAGAAUUAUUAUUUUUUAAUUAAAUUUUUCAAAAAUUAUUCUUUUAAUAAAUUCUUGAAUAAAUCACAGCUAUAAACACAUAAA